UGCAUCAAUGAUUGAAUCAGUCCGUAUUCACAUCACAUGUAUCUCUUGCUUUACUAUUACCACAGCCAACCAUUCAAGAAAACCAUUGACAUACCACUCUUUGCUAUCAAUUCACACAGAUCUUGAUUUCCUUCAAUCUUUUGCUAAUAUAACAUGGCUGCAACUAUCAUUGGAAGUGCUUUCCUCUCUGCAACUGUUCAGAACUUAGUUGAGAAACUUGCUUCCAAAGAGUUUCUUGAUUACUUCAAAAAAACCAAGUUCGAUGACUCACUCUUGGAACAGUUAGGACAAACACUACUCACUAUUCAACCUGUGCUAGAUGCUGCAGAGGAGAAGCAGAUCAACACUCCUUCUGUCAAACAAUGGCUUGAUGGCUUGAAAGAUGCUCUCUACGAUGCUGAAGAUCUGCUCAACCAAAUUAGCUAUGAUUCCCUUCAAUGCCAGAUGGAGAACACGCAAGCUGCAAGCAAAACUAAACAGGUCUGGAACUUCUUUUUUUCUCCUUCUACAAAUAACUAUGAAGAGAUCAAUUCCCAAAUGAAAAAAAUGUGCUUAAACCUCAAACAUUUUGCUGAAAAUAAAGAUAUCAUUAGUUUGCAAACUAAAAGUGUCGGAGUUUCUCGUAGAACACCUUCAACUCCUAUGUUCAAUGAAUCUGUCAUGGUUGGUAGGAAAGAUGACAAAGACAAAGUAAUGAACAUGUUGCUAUCACAAAGCAAUACUAGCCAGAACAAUAUGGGCGUAGUUGCAAUUGUAGGCAUGGGAGGUGUCGGAAAAACAACACUUGCACAACUUGCUUACAAUGAUGAAAAAGUUGAACAUCACUUUGAUCUCAAAGCAUGGACUUGUGUAUCGGAGGAUUUUGAUGUUUUUAGAGUAACCAAAGCUCUCCUUGAAUCUGUCACUUCAAAAACAUGGAAUGACAGAAAUCUUGAUAUUCUUCGAGUUGAGUUAAAGAAAAAUUUGAGGGACAAAAGAUUUUUCAUUGUGUUGGAUGACUUAUGGAAUGACAGUUAUUCUGAUUGGGAUGAACUUGCAUCUCCGUUGAUAUAUGGAAAAAAUGGAAGCAGAAUGAUCAUCACAACACGCCACAAAAAAGUGGCAGAUGUUGCACGCACAUUUCCUAUUUUUUCAUUAGAUCCUCUAUCCCAUGAAGACAGUUGGUUUUUACUCUCCAAACAUGCAUUUGGAAGUGGAGACUUUUCUGAAACUCAACGCCGAAACCUAGAACCAAUUGGCAGGAAGAUUGCCAGAAAGUGUGGUGGAUUGCCAAUCGCUGCAAAAUCACUUGGAGGACUAUUGCGUUCGAAAGUAGAUACUGAAGAGUGGAUUGAAGUUCUGAACAACGACAUAUGGAACUUACAGAAUGAUAAUAUUUUGCCUGCAUUGCGCUUGAGUUAUCAAUAUCUUUCGUCUCAAUUGAAAAGAUGUUUUUCCUAUUGCUCUAUUUUUCCAAAGGACUAUCCGCUUGAUAGGAAGCAAUUGGUUUUGUUGUGGAUGGCAGAAGGCUUCCUUGAUCAUUCUCAAGACAGAAAAACAAUGGAAGAAGUAGGUGAUGAGUUUUUUGCAGAAUUGUUAUCCAGAUCAUUGAUUCAACAAUUGCAUGAUAAUUAUGGAAAACAAAUAUUUGUCAUGCAUGACCUUGUUAAUGAUUUAGCUACUGCUGUAUCUGGAAGAAGUUGUUACAGACAUGAAUUUGGCGCUAAGAGCUAUGAAAAUGUUCGUCACUUGUCAUAUAAUAAAGAAACAUACGACAUUUUCAAGAAGUUUAAGACUUUCGACAAAUUCAAACGCUUGAGAAGCUUCCUUGCCAUUGAAUUUCGAUGGGCAGAAUAUAAUUUAUCAAGAAAUGUGGUCAAUUAUUUGCUACCCACAUUUGGAAGGUUGCGUGUGUUAUCGUUGUCAAAAUAUAGAAACAUCACCACGCUACCCGUUACAGUUGGCAAUUUAGUGCAGUUGCGCUAUCUAGAUCUCUCUCGCACGGAUAUUGCAAGCUUGCCUGACACCAUAUGCAACCUCUACUACUUGCAAACCUUGAUUUUAUCUGAGUGCUCAAAACUCACAGAAUUGCCAGAACAUGUUGGUAAAUUAAUUAAUUUGCGUCAUCUUUAUAUUGAUUGGACAAGCAUAAUAGAGAUGCCGAAGCAAAUUGCUGAACUAGAAAACCUUCAAACUCUAAAUGUUUUUGUAGUAGGCAAGAAAAAUAUUGGUUCGACUGUUAGAGAGCUUGGGAAGUUUCCUAAGCUACGGGGAAAAUUAUUCAUCAAGAACCUGCAAAAUGUCAUUGAUAUCAUGGAGGCAAGUGAUACCAACUUGAAGAGCAAAGAACAUAUUGAGGAAUUGACGCUAGAGUGGGGCAAGGAAACGGAUGACACACUUAAUGAAAGAAAUGUGCUUGAUAUGUUACAACCAUCUGCAAACCUUAAGAAAUUGAGCAUUGACUGGUAUGGUGGGACACAUUUUCCUAGUUGGUUGGGAGAUCCAUCCUUUUUUAACAUGGUGUUCCUCUGUAUUGAUAAUUGUGUGAAUUGCACGACACUUCCACCACUAGGGCAGCUACCUUCUCUCAAGGACUUGUGCAUUGAAGGCAUGACAAUUUUGGAGACAAUUGGGCCUCAGUUCUAUGGCAUGGCAGCAGGAGGUUCCAAUUCUUCGUUCCAACCAUUUCAAUCCCUUGAGAAUUUGGAAUUUGCGUACAUGGGAAAUUGGGAGGAAUGGUGUCCUUUCCGAGACAACAUGUUUCCUUUUCCUCGUCUGAAAACUCUGAGGUUAUUAUGGUGUCCCAAAUUAAAGGGACAUUUACCUACUCAUCUUCCUUCCAUAGAAAAGAUUGAUAUAGAUGGUUGCGACCAUCUCUUGGCAACACCACCUACUCAACAUUGGCUCUCCUCAAUAAAAAAUAUUCGUAUUAGGGGAGAUUCGAAUUCAGAAAGAAAUACUGAAAGGACCCAAUACUCAUUGCUCGAGAGUGAUUCUCCAUGUCUGCUGCAAACAAUAGACAUAUCGAUCUGUCAUAUGCUAAAAUCUGUACCUAAAAUGAUUAUAAACAGCACCUGUCUUCGACGCUUGGAUCUCCAUGGUAUUAGUUCUCUCAAUGCGUUUCCAACAAACGGUUUAUCCACUUCUUUGCAAUCACUAUAUAUUUCAGAAUGUGAGAAUUUAACAUUCCUACCUCCUGAAACGUGGAGCAAUUACACAUCACUUGUGACUCUUAAAUUAGAAAAGAGCUGCAGUGCACUUACCUCCUUCCCAUUGAAUUGUUUUCCUGUGCUCCAAGAUCUUUCCAUCAGGAAAUGUAGGAGUUUGGAAUCUAUUUUUAUUUCAGAAACUUCUUCUUGUAGCUCGUCAACCCUCCGAUCUUUUGUUGUCAAUGAUUGCGAGGCACUUAGAUCACUACCUCAACGGAUGGACACACUCACCGCUCUUGAAUCGAUAACUCUAUGCAUUCUUCCAAAUUUGAAUUUAUCAUUAUGUGAAGGAGCUUUCCUACCUCCGAAUUUACAAUCAAUUAUAGUUUAUUCUGUGAGGAUAACAAAGCCGGUAACAGAGUGGGGUCUCCAAGGCCUUACUCGUGUUCGUUCAAUGAAUAUCAAGGGUAAUGACAUUGUUAACAUGUUGCUCAAGGAGCCGUUGUUGCCCAUUUCCCUUGUGUCUCUAGAAUUCGAAAGUCUCUUUGAAAUGAAAUCCUUAGAAGCAAAUGGACUUCGACACCUCUCCUCUCUAGAAUGCCUUUACUUUAUUGAUUGUCCAGAGCUUGUGUCAUUGUCCGAAAAAGCCUUUCCCUCCUCGCUGAAAACAGUUUAUUUCUAUAACUGUCCAAGACUAAACUCAUUGCCAGAAAAAGCCUUUCCCUCCUCGCUGAAAACACUUACUUUCUUGAACUGUCCAAGACUAGAGUCAUUGCCAGAAGACAGUCUCGCUACCUUUCCUGAGGAACUGACCAUUAGAGGUUGUCCAUUGUUAGAAGAAAGGUAUAAGCGGAACGAAUAUUGGUCCAAAAUUGCUCACAUCCCUGUCAUACAAAUAAAUGAGCAACUCACAAUAUGAGCCAUGACCAUUGAGAAGCCAAGAGAAUGAAGAAUUCCCAUCAUGUUUCAGAGUCCAGGUAAUUCGGUAAGGUGUAUACUCUGUUGUUGUGGCUGACAUAGAUUGCUAAAAGACUGAGAUGAAAAGGAGAGCUGAAUUUGGUUGCUUGAGAAGGUUAUUGUCUGUUCUCUUCUCCAACACUGCUACAUAAAUAUUUAUGUCUUCUCUUUCUAUCUUAAUCAUGUGCAAUAAUAACCAUGUGUUAGUAUAUUAUUGAAUGUACCUUUUGAACUGUUACUACAGUGAGUGUUGUUUUUAACAUGACUACACAAUUAUAUAUAAUGUAAGAAACAAUACAAAAAGAUACCAUUAAAUAAUUUAGUUUUAUGACUCAUUACAUCAUUAAAUAAAAUUAUCAACUUCCUUGCCUAUAUCAUCAAAGAAGCAACAACAAGGUGACAACACCAUUAUUCAUCUCUUCAUUUCCAUUACACCCUCAUUAGCAAGAUAUCUACCAAAAAUGGAGCUAAAACAUUCUGAUGGUUGAAUUGCUUUCAAAUACAUUCUAGCCAAAGAAUGUGACUUUUCCUUUUCCACCAAAGUUAAAUUCAAACCAUGAGUUUGAGAAAGCAUAGCUUGGCCAAAGAGAUGAAUAUAGUCUUCCCUCGCCAAGUCGAAGAAUCCGUUUUGAAAAUUGUUCAACUUUUCUGAUAUCAAGUGAUCCAUGAUGAAGUCUCAUAUUCUUUGUCAGUGUUAAUACUUCACAGUAGUCUCAUAUGUAAGAUGAAUUAAGGGAUGCCUGAACAAUGUCUGAUCUGGAGCCACAUGGUAUGACGGGAAGAAUCUAUCAAAAUUUAACUCCAAAAAUGGAAUUAGAGUUACCUGUUUUACUCAUAACAUCUCUCAGGGUACGAUCAAGGGUGUGCCUCAUCCCAAAUGGUAUGUUUGGUUUGUUAACAACUCAGUAUGUUUGAUAUUUCCUUCUAUAUCUCAUGUUAAGUUGUCUAAAAUAGGAACAUGAAUUUUGAACAGGCAUACAAAAGAAGUAAGUUAUUAUAAGAGGUAAUGUUGCAUACAAAAGAAGUUUGUGAGAUUUCUGUUAGUAAGUAUUUGUCACCUGUAAAAGAUUUGUAGAGAUUCUGAUAUUAUUCUUUUAGUAAUUGUUUGUCAUAGUUCUUUUUGCGUAUAUUACUAAAAGAUCCGUGCGACACACGGGUCCAUUAAUUUUAAUUAAUAUAUAAUUUAUUCA